AUGGACUGGAGCCGCGGAGAAGUCCUCGGCCGCGGCAGCUUCGCCACCGUCAGCCUCGCCCACGUCCGCCUGCUCUCAGGGGAUCAUCCUCUGCCUCCGUUGAUGGCCGUUAAGUCCACGCCGCUCUCCGCCUCCGCCGUCCUCCGCAACGAGGAGGACGUCCUCUCCCGCCUCGACGACUGCCCUUACUUGAUUCGCUGUUUCUACUCCGACGUGGUCUCCUCCUGCACAGAGGAGUCUUACAAUAUUUUCCUCGAGUACGCCGGCGGCGGCUCGCUCCGUGACCUCCUGCUGCGCUCCGGCGGACGGUUCCCCGAGCCCGCCGUCCGGCGCUACGCCAGAGCAAUUCUCCUCGGGCUGAAUUACAUCCACGAAUGCGGCUACGCCCACUGCGACGUCAAGCUGCAGAAUGUUCUGGUGUUCGACGGCGGCGCCGUCAAAAUAUCCGAUUUCGGCCUCUCCAAGAAGGCCGACGACCGCGCCAAAGGUUUCCGCGGCACUCCGCUGUAUAUGUCGCCGGAGGCGGCGGCCAGAGAUGAGCACGGAGCGCCGGGAGACAUUUGGGCGCUCGGGUGCGCGGUGCUGGAGAUGGCUACCGGUCGGCCGCCGUGGCCGAAUCCGCCCGACGGGGACGCGUGGGGGUUACUCUUCAAAAUCGCCUUCAGCGACGCUUCGCCGGAGAUCGCUGCGGAUUUAUCCCAAAAAGGGAAGGAUUUCCUCAGACUCUGCUUCGCCAAAGACCCUGCCCAGAGAUGGACGGCCGAGAUGCUGCUGAGACAUCCAUUCGUUACUUCGACCGACGCCGUCGAGGACAUCGCCGGUGCACCAUGGCAAUGCACUACUCCGCUCGGAGCCUCUCCGACGAAUGUGCUGGAAAUACCUUCCUUACUUUCCCCGCCUCCUGCCAGUUCUACUCCAAUCCACGGUUCAUCUUCCCCGAUGGUAGAGGAGAAUAUUCCGGCAGAUUCAUGCGAUCUGUCUCCAACGGAUCGAAUCCUGGAGCUCUCGUCGAUGGCGCCGCCUAAUUGGGCGUCCUCUCCUCCCGACGCAGAUUCCGGCUGGAUCGAAGUCCGAGCCGGCGUGCUUAUCCAAUCAAUCUCACCUUGA